AAGAGUCAGUGUGUGAGCGGCGCGACGUCAGUGUCUCUGCGGCGCCGAGCGAGGGUUGGUCGGGACCGGCAGCGGCGGGAGCAACGUCACCGGCUGACGGCGGCAUCAGAGCUCCGCACACGGGCUGACCGCGGAGCAGCGAACCGCUCACUCCGGAACUCGGCGGAGGAAGACAAACAGUGGACAGCGACUCGCGCCAGGAGCGACUCCCCUGUACUGCGACUGUCCGCCUCUGGAGCUCAGAGUCGAAGUAACACCCGGGACCACAAGGCUUGAGCAAACUAUGGUGAACCCCAGCGUGCCACCUCUCAAAAGGACAUCACAGGCCAUGGACGUGAAGAACAGAUGUUCCCAGUGAAGGUGCCCAAGGAGCAGACCGAGGAGGAGGUAGUGACAGGUGCUUCGUGCCAAGGUGGAUUUGGAGGUGGGGAGGAGAGCUGAAGAUCAUGGGUAAAUCAAACAGCAAGCUCAAGCCCGAGGUGGUGGAGGAGUUGACAAGGAAAACUUACUUUACGGAGAAAGAGGUGCAGCAAUGGUACAAAGGCUUCAUCAAAGAUUGCCCUAGUGGGCAGCUCGACGCUCUGGGCUUUCAGAAGAUAUACAAGCAGUUCUUCCCUUUCGGAGACCCCACAAAGUUUGCCUCCUUUGUCUUCAAUGUCUUUGAUGAAAAUAAGGAUGGACGCAUCGAGUUCUCUGAGUUCAUCCAGGCUUUGUCCGUGACAUCUCGGGGAACUCUGGAUGAGAAGUUGAGAUGGGCUUUUAAAUUAUACGAUCUCGAUAACGACGGCUACAUUACCCGUGAUGAGAUGUUGAACAUCGUAGAUGCCAUAUAUAAGAUGGUGGGGAACACCGUGGAACUGCCAGAGGAUGAAAACACACCAGAGAAACGAGUGGACCGUAUCUUUGCGAUGAUGGACAAGAAUGCCGAUGGGAAGCUGACGCUGCAGGAGUUUCAGGAGGGCUCGAAGGCCGACCCCUCUAUUGUCCAGGCGUUGUCACUCUAUGACGGACUUGUGUAGGGAUGUAAGAUGGAUACAACUCUGCAUCCUCCUGCGCGUUACCACACACGCCAGUCCAGCACCAUCACACCUGUAACAGGAGGACGCCACAUCAAACUCCUUCACCCAGACGUGGACUGCAACCUUUUGUCGCACGGCCAUAUGGCAUUUGUGUCAAGUAGCUGUUCGUCUCCAUUUCCUCCGAGUGUGAGGAAGCAAUAUCCUCCGAUGUGACGGACGAUUAAAAAAAAAAACAGCAAAACCCUCAUUUAUCUGUGUUUCUACAGCUAUGUGUGGCACUGCGCGCACACUUGUGUCUGCGAGCCACAGUGAUGUGGUUUCCCCCACGGACAGUCCAAGGACCUGACUUUGCUCGGAGAUGUCAGUUUGUGUCAAGGGGAUGCAGGAGAAGUGCUCAGAGGAACUGUGCUGCUGCUACACGCGGCGAGACUCCAAACCCGUGGAAAUCUUGAAAAGUGUAUUCCACUAGCUUACAGUUACAAAGCAGUAUAGUGUAUAUAAUAUAAUGUAACUAUAACUGUAAUUUAUUUUCUGCUUUGCUGCAUUUAUGGGAAUUUAUUCCUCAUAAAUAUGGAAUGAAGUUUUAUUUUUAUCAAAAUGUGUUGAAAUGUAUUGCACUGUAUUUUUUAUUACUAUUGUGGGAUCGUUUCUUCUUUGCUUUCUCACAUUCGGAAGUUUUCUUUUCCUGAGCGAACAGUGUUUUUAUUUGUGAAAGAGUGUUGGGAGAGGUGGGAGCUUUUAUAUGGAUGAUUUUACUACGUUUGCCAGUCUGUGCAUCCCAUUGUGCUUUCACCUCCCUGUUGGCACCAGCGUCUAGUGUUGCACGGCCACCACAUCUUGAACGACUCGACCUAGCAACACAAGUGAAUUCUCACAGCUUACAUCUGAAUUGAGGCUCAUUAUUUCUUUUGUGCGCGUCGCGGCCCGCCCUCGGCACACACAGAGCCCCGGUCAUUGAGAGGCACAAACACACAUCCACUCAUGCUGUAAAGCUUUUUUGCGAGCUCUGUGGUUGCAGUCGUCCACUUCGUAUUGGUCCUGUGUGAGGCCGGAGCAUGUGAUGAUGAUGAUGAUGAUGAUGAUGCCUUUUCUUUUUUCCACUCUUGGAUGAUUUUCGAGCAUUACGAUGUUUAAUCAGCUUCACUGAUUUUACGCCAUAUGCAAAUGAUGUUUUACGAAAUGAUAAAUGUCAUUUAUCUGUUGAUUAGCAGUAUAAGAGCACAGAAUAAAAUGCAUUUA